CCACAGCGCCGCGCCCCAGUCUGUGAGACGCGCACCGACAGAAACAAACGGUUGCAGAAAGAAACAGUGGACACAGUCCCACUAACGGAGAAAAACAUUAAGCUCCCCGCCUGUUCCCGAGUCGCUGUGGAUUCCAGCCGCACAUUAAAACCCCCAAAUCGCGUGUGUGAUGAACGGAGACUCAGGUGCAGGAGUGGUGACGGCCCCCCCUCCCACCAACCCCCCUCAUAAGGAGCGUUAUUUCGACCGUGUGGAUGAGAGCAGCCCGGAGUACCAGAGAGAGAGGAACAUGGCACCCGACCUGCGGCAGGACUUCAACAUGAUGGAGCAGCGGAAGAGAGUGUCUAUGAUCCUGCAGAGUCCAGUGUUCUGUGAUGAGCUGGAGUCUCUGAUCCAGGAUCAGAUGAAGAAGGGGAAAACUCCCACCAGUUUGCUUGCCCUGCAGCAGAUCGCUGACUUCAUGACCACCAGCGUUCCCACCAUGUACCCCGCAGCCCCGCAGGGAGGCAUGGCUGCCCUCAACAUGAGUUUGGGGAUGGUGACUCCAGUCAAUGACCUGAGAGGUUCAGACUCCAUCGCCUAUGAGAAAGGAGAGAAGCUCUUGCGCUGUAAACUCGCUGCGUUUUACCGCCUGGCCGACCUCUUCGGCUGGUCUCAGCUCAUCUACAACCACCUGACUGUCCGGCUGAACACAGAACUGGAGCGUUUCCUGAUUGUCCCGUUCGGUCUUCUGUUCAGUGAGGUCACGGCCUCCAGUCUGGUGAAGAUCAACCUGCAGGGUGAGAUUGUAGACCGAGGCAGCACGAAUCUGGGCGUAAACCAGGCUGGCUUCACCCUCCACUCCGCCAUCUACGCGGCCCGGCCCGACAUCAAGUGCAUAGUGCAUAUUCACACGCCCGCUGGCGCCGCGGUGUCUGCUAUGAAAUGUGGUCUUCUGCCCAUUUCACCUGAGGCUCUGGCGCUGGGCGAGGUGGCGUACCACGAUUACCACGGUAUCCUGGUGGACGAGGAGGAGAACGUCCUCAUACAGAAGAACCUGGGUCCCAAGAGCAAGGUGUUGAUUUUGAGGAAUCACGGUCUGGUGUCUAUUGGAGAAACCGUUGAAGAGGCGUUUUACUACAUUCACAACCUGGUCACAGCCUGUGAGAUCCAGGUCCGCACCCUCGCCAGUGCGGGCGGUCCGGAUAACCUGGUCAUGUUGGACCCAGCCAAGUAUAAAUCUCGCCCACGCCACCUGGAGCCGGCUGGAGACGGGUCGAGCUCGCACCCGAAGUGGCAGAUCGGGGAGCAGGAGUUUGAGGCCUUGAUGAGGAUGCUGGAUAAUCUGGGCUACAGGACUGGUUACCCGUACCGUUGCCCGGCACUGCGUGAUAAAGCUAAAAAGUACAGUGACGUUGAGAUUCCCGCUUCAGCCACGGGCUACUCAUACGCCGAGGACAGUGACUCGGGUGCGCGCUCCCCGUUAAAGCACAGCUUUCAGCGGCAGCAGCGGGACAAGACUCGCUGGCUAGCCGCCGCGCGGCCCGACGAGUCGGCGGAGGAAGGCCAGGACGGCAGCGGUAGCCCCAAGGCGAAGACUAAGGUGUGGACGAACAUAACACACGAUCACGUGAAACCCUUGCUGCAGUCUCUCUCGUCCGGUGUCUGCGUGCCAAGCUGUAUUACCAACUGCUUGUGGACUAAGGAGGAGGGUCUCAAACAGGGUGCUGUGGCCAAUCAGUUUGUCCCGAUGAACACCAACCCCAAAGAGGUCCAAGAGAUGCGCAACAAGAUCCGUGACCAGAAUCUGCAGGACAAAAAGACGGCAGGUCCUCAAUCUCAGGUGCUCACAGGCUCCAUUGUGGACCGUUCGUUCGUCCAGAGAGUGACUAUAUGGCACGACGCUCCACUCUCUGACUGUACGGACUCUAUUGAUGGCAUUGACGCUUCAGAGAGCUUUAGUCCUUCUAGGUCUAUUCGAAAGGGGGAACUAGUGACCGCAUCUAAAGCCAUCAUUGAGAAGGAGUACCAACCACGGGUCGUCAUCAGCAAAACUGGGCCAAACCCCUUCAACAAGUUCACAGACCAGGAUCUGGAGGAGUAUCGCAAGGAAGUGGAGUUCAAGCAGAAAGUCCCAGAAGCACAGGUGGAGGAGUCGGGCCCGGACAUCCCACAGGAGGAUCCAAGGGCCACCGCAGCCCCGCCACCCUCCAUAAUCCCCAGCCGAGGCACUGAAUCUGGGGGCCCGUCGGGUAACGACACCCCGGCGGAUCCUCCAGGAUCCCCUCAAAAGGAGUUUCACUUUGCGGUUCUGAAGGCUCUGGGCUGUGAGCCGGAGCGAGACGGGACGCCUGCAGGUCAGACAGCAGAGGUUGAAGAUGGUCCAGUUCCCAGCAGCACCUGCACCCCCCCGAAAUCACCUGUGCGUGUGGAGGAAGAGGCACAUCAGGAACAGACGUCUAAAGACGACAGUGACGCCGCCACUUUAAGACAGACCCUCCCCGAUCUGACCCCCGAUGAUCCCUUCGAAGCCGCCACCCUCCCCGCAGAAGACCCCGUCCCUGAACAGACUGACUCCGCCCCUCAACAGGAGGGGGAGGAGCCUGUCGCAGGCGAUGAUGCGGCGGGUGACCAUGGCAGCGAUGAAUCACCAAACAAAUCCCCUUCAAAGAAGAAGAAAAAGUUUCGCACCCCGUCUUUCCUGAAGAAAAACAAAAAGAAGUCUGAAACCCAGUGAGGAAGCUUGGCAAUACCUUUCUUUAAAUCGAUUUGUUUUUGUACUGUGUCUGUUCACAUUUAGUGCGUCGGUCCUUUUAUUACAUUUUUAUUCUUUUAGCUGUUCUGGCUGAGCGCUCAAGUGCACUUCAUGGCAAAAGUGCGGCUUGUUAAUAAGCAUGAUCAUCAGUCAUCUCUGUUUUUAUAUAGAAGAAAAAUUAAUAUGAAUAACCACUAUAUAAUGUAUUGGAAUGUAUCAAAUGUAAUAGAGAAAAAUGAAUUCAAGUUGACGUUCCUCCUGGUGUUACAUUAAAUUAGACCAUUACUCCUCUGCAUGUUUAUAGUUUUUCAAAUCAUGUCGAUAAACGCCUGAAAAAACGAAUGACCUGGAGUGAAAAGGCCUUAUUUAAUGAAGCUAUUUCACCUGACCAGGUUUACAAGAGUGUAAAACAUUUGCUUACAUUUGUUUUUGGAUGGAAAUCGACUCAUUGAAUGAAUUUUUGCAAUGGACAUGCAGUGCGAGGCAUUGAGCGAAUCUCACAAAACCUGGUCGAACGUGUUUCUGUCUCGCAUUUCUCAACCAAAAUCAAAUAAAUCAAUAAAAAUAUUUGUGUUGGGAUUGUGACAUUUUCAUAACAAAUAAUCUAAUUCUCAUUUAAUUCAUAAUGACAGUGAAAAAAAAUUGGCCUAAAAUCAAGGAGAAUUGGAGUCAAAACGUGUGUAAUUGCAAUGAAAAUUGUUAUUUUUUUGUAAUAUUUGGAUGUAAUGUAAAAGUUUUGUGAGAUCCGCCCCACAAAGAUGCGUUUCUGUCGCUUUACAUGUCGGCGUCUGUAACUGAACACUUUCGUCCUCCUGUGAAGGUUUGUUUUAAAACUGUGACGUUCAUCCUGCAUUAAUAUGAAUGACACACGUUUGCUUUUUGCUUUUAUAAAUAUAUAUAUUUUGUAGUUAUUUUUAGCUCUAGUUUUAGUUUAUACGAAGCCGCAUAUGACGUGGGGACAAAAAUAUAUAUAUCGACGCCAAGAAUGACGUACUAAUACGACCACUUAUUUUAAGUAAAUCAUGCUCACAAUAUAAUAAUUAGCUCCUAUAUAUAUAUAUAGCUCCUAUAUAUAUACAUACAUAUAUAUAUACAUACAUAUAAUAUAUGUAUGUAUGUAUAUAUUAGUUUGUCCGCAUGUCAUGUUCAGGGCUCCGUAAGUUUCAUUCAAAACACGUCAAGUAACUUUGACUCUAUCACUUGUCCUGUGAAGAACAUCACUAACUAAUCAUUAUUAAAGUUUCAAACAGCCACUGAUGAUUUUGAUGAUGCACAUGUGUGUGUUCUGGAUUGGUUUACAGAUGUCUGGUGUGUUUUCACUUACACACAUUCCUGCAGUGUGUGUCUUUAGUAACACUGAAAUUUUUCACUCAACCAACCUGAAUAACCACUGGUAAAGAAACGCGCUUCGAGAUGGACGUCUUAAUACUGAAUCUCACAAAGAAACGUCUGAUUCGUAUUUCAACCCAAAUUUAAAAAAAAGAAAAGCAUUAUUUUGCGUAGGCUAUACAAAAUGAUCUAUUUUUAAAACCCUUAAGAUUUGAUCCUGUAAACAUAACCAGUAGUGCAACAUACUUUAUGCAUACUUACAGGAAAAAAAUAGUAUAUUUGUAUUUCAGUAAUGACAUUUUUGAAGGAAAAACGUGCAAAAAAAAAAGUUUGAAAGUUGGCAUUUUCAUAUUCGUUCUGUUGGUUUUGAGUUGAAUUAUGACUUGUAUGUUUCUUUGCAGUUUUCCUGAGAUUCAUCUGUUCUUGAAUGAAUAACCUGUGAACAAUUCUCUAUAACAAAUGUACAAUAAUAAGGUAGAAAGGAGUUAAGUACUAACAAUGUUUAAUUUUGAUGGAGCAUACUAGCGUCUGGGCUUGUGCAGAUCUGGAUUCUGGACCGACGUGAAAAGCCGUGAAGUUUUACACACUAAACUCUGAGUAUCUACGACUAACACACACAACACAUGAGUCUCUGAAGUACCGCAUGGCAUUAUGGGCUUCAGCUUGUGUUGUUUGAGCUUCUCUGUUGAUGUUCUUCUCAGCCGUUUUAUUGAUAACAUUACUAAGUUUGAUGGUUUUAUUUGAACUCCUCAUUUCCAGUUUCUGUUGAAUCUUUAAAUGCUGCUUUUCCCAAAAGCAAUUGUAUGUAAUAUUUUAAAACCACAAGACUUUUGUUCAUGAUACUGUUUGUUUUGCAACCAUGAAUAAAAAUCCAUCUUUAAAAACAGC